AGCGGUUGGUUUCCGAAACAAAAAACUACGCGUUAGAGAACAAGAAAAUCAGUUACAGAUCUGUAAGAUUUUAGUCUAUGAGUGAUAGGAAUCAUUCUUUAACGCAAAACAUUUAUAUCAGAGUGAGCUGUUGUCGUUGAGCCUCUUCGUGAUUCUAAAUGACUUUUCCGCUCGGUGAGGAGCGAGACCUCCAGUUUUGUUUCACCCCUCUUUGGUCGCAUGCUACUUGACGUUAGCACAGCAGCUAGCAGGGAGGAAAGUUGUCAAAUAAUGGUGUAAAGUAGAAUAUCUAACGUUACGUUUUAAUCGUAUACUCACGGGAUACAUUUUAAGAUUAAUUCGUGCCGACAAGUAUUAUUUUGCAACCUUGUUUUAGCUCACCUACAAACUGUUUAGCUUGUAUUAUUUACAGUUAGCCUAGGUUAGCUAGUAGGGUUAGCAAUGUAUACAGAGCUCAACAGUAUCCUGAACACGACUCCCGACAGCUUCACAAAGGGAGAAUUCAUCUUGGUGUCAGACAGACAGAGUGAUGCUUCUUUCCUCAUUCACCACUUCCUCUCUCUGUACCUACGAGCACGCUGCAGAGUUUUGUUUCUGGGUCUGGUUCAGUCCUUCAAUCAUUACAGUGCCAUCAGUCAGAGAAUGGGUGUUAGCCUGGCACAAGCAAAGGAAAAAGGCCAGCUGGUUUUCUUAGAGGGACUGAACGAGUCGCUGUCUGUUUUGAUUCCUCAAGAAACAGACACAGGAAGUCAGGCCAUGGACUUCCUCAGGGAUCCUUCUGUUGGCCUGAAGAGUCUGUACGAGUUUGUCCGGUCCAGUUUGAGUAGCACCGGUGAGAGGAGAGAGGGGGUGGAUGACACAGAUCAGUGGGGACCCCCUGUGUUGCUGGUGGAUGACCUCAGUGUGCUGCUGAGUCUGGGGGUGAGCGCCGGAGCCGUGCUGGACUUCAGCCACUACUGCCGGGCCACCGUCUGCUCCCAGCUGCAGGGUAACGUGGUGAUGUUGACACGCUGUGACGGUGAAGAAGAAGAGGAGGAUGACGGAGAUGACGAAGGCCCAGAGAGACUUCUGAAGGGUCUGACCCACCAGUGUAGCCUCACUCUUCAUGUACAGGGUCUCCCUACUGGCUUCUGCAGGGACAUACAUGGACAGGUGGAGGUGCGUUGGCGGAGGAGACAAGCUGAUGGGCAAUACACACAGAACAAACUCUUCCAGUACAAGGUCCACGAUAAAGGAGCCUCCUUCUUUGCUCGCGGGACAUCCAGCGCUGUUCUCUAGUUCCGCCUUUCAACCGCCUUGUCUGCCUUUUUGUCUGUUUUACUUGACAGCUGACUGGUCUGUUCAGUCAGUACAAAGUGGUUGGUGAAGUUGACAUAUUAAUUAACCAGCCAAAGCCGAGCUUCACAUUUGGAUGCUUGCUGGUGUAAUGGACUGUCUGGAGUAAUGCUGUGUUCCAGACAAACUAAGAAAUGUCCAACCUCCUACAAGAAAAAGUGCAAUGAAACACGAGGCAUGUCCAUCUACCUCGACUUCAUGAGGGAGCCGCUGUCACACGACACUGGCAGUACUCAUGGAGAAGGGGGUAGGAUUUAUAUUAGGCUAGUUAAGGGAAUAUUAAGAUUUGUUUUCUAGGUACAAAAGUGCCAUAAAACAGAAUAUAUAUAAUGGCGUCUGUUACCUCACGUGUUGUUUCCCCUCCUCUAUUUGGUUGGUAUAAACAAGGAGGCUGAAACACAGAGGCUGUAGUUGUGUGUACACUCACCAAAGAGACAUUAUUCUGUUGCAAUCUGCCAAAUUUUUUAUUAACUUUUGGCGUUUUGGAGCUGGAACACUUUUCAAGAAUUUCCAACCUCCAAUAUCGUCCGGAAGGCAUCAUAAAGACACCGUGAUCCGACAGCCUGGUUCCAGAUGUCUAAACAGCUGCUCACAACUCGGGUUUUAUUUUUAUUUUUAGCUAUUUAAAACAAUUAGAGUGGAAACAAAAUGUCAGUUCGGUGUGAUAAAUGUCAGGCUGGUGUGUCUACAGAGUUGUGCUGUCGUCAAUAUCAGGUCACUAGUUGAAUUAGUUCUUGUUUGGUGAUCAUCAUGAUCAUGUGUGAAUGCAGGAUGUUGACAUUUGUGAUGGUCAGUGAACGUUAUUGAUGGAUGAAGACCAAUAAAGAAAAUGCAUUGAUUGAUUGA